GAAGCCCACGAUACAAAUCCCAGCUAAAAUUGGCGGACCAAGACCAAGUCCAGCUUCGGGUGACUCAUUUCCAUGUAGAUUUUUUGGGCUCCAUUUUCAUCCCAGACGACACCGUUUUUCUUUGCUUUCUGUUUUGCAGACACCAAGAAGGAAGGGAAGAAGGCCACGGACCAACCGGCACCGAUGGACCGCGACCAAUCACCAGUGGCAACCACCACCCCUACAACGCCACCAUCCCCCACCCUCCUCCGCCGUCUUAUCAACCUCGACACCACCCUCUCUCUCCACCUUCACACCCUUUUCCAACCCGUUCCCCGCUCCCUCCUCAAAACCCUAGAACUCGCCGGCGACGGCCGUUUCUUCUUCCCCGUCGCCGUUUCUCUACUCUCCUCCUCCUCCCUGCGCCCCAUCCUCAUCCCGCUCCUCAUCGGCUUACUCCUCGAUCUCCUCCUCGUCGGUGUCAUCAAGUACAUCGUUCGGCGACCUCGUCCGGUCUACAAUAAGGGCAUGCAUCUCACUGUUGCCGUCGAUCAUUGGUCCUUCCCCAGUGGCCAUUCCUCUAGAGUUGUCUUUGCUGCGGCGUUUUUGUAUCUUUCCACGGCGCUGAUCGGGGAGGCGGUGGCUCAAUUGAGAUCGACUGAAAGUCGAUUCGGUUCCGAUGAUUCCGGUAAGGCGGUUGAUUUUAUUGUUUUGAUUGUUUGUUUAUGGUCGGCGGCGACUUCAAUUUCCAGGGUUUUGCUUGGCCGGCAUUUUGUUUUUGAUGUUGUUGCCGGUGCUUGUCUGGGUGUUUUGGAAGCUCUUUUUGUGUUUCACUUUCUCAGGUAUUGAAUUUCGAUUUCGAGCUGAGAACUAGAUUUCCCAUUGUAAUUUAAGCAUUUUUUAUUUCAAAAAAAAUUAUUGAGAUUUUCUUGAAAAACUGUAUAUGGGAUUGUAGGGUGAAAAAUCUAAAUACUGACAUUGCAAUGUAACAAUUCAAAAUGAAAAAUGCAAGUUGUUUCAUUUUGGUUUG